GUUCGGUUAGUCAGUCGGUCAGUCGCUGCGAUGGAGCUGCGCGAGAUGAACGUGACGACGGAGGAGGAAACCGCGGAGCUCUUGCCGUCGCAGCGGGACGACGACGACGAGAGUUAUUUCAUCGAGUACGCGAUACAGAAGGAAAUAAUAAACCGAAACCGAUGUACCGCAAGUCGACGGCUCCUCGGGCAAACCGGGUAUCUGGAUCUUAGCGUAAACAACACCAAUCACCAGAGCAAGAAAGAGUCACCCUGUGCGGGGAUCAGUUUCAUCCAUGGUUCCGGGCCCAAUUGGCCACCGUCCCGGAAACGCGAGGAGGCAAAGGCCCUGGAAAAUCUCAGAAAGAGGGUCGAACAAUCCAAGCUCUACAAGGCGAACCAGGUCUCGGAUCCCGGAGGGUCGUCUUCAACGUCCGCAAGACAAAACAACGAGGAAGUACAGCAGCUGGAUAACCGACCGCAACUUUUCAAAAAAAUACUGAGUAACAGGCCAAUGAGCAUUGCUCAUGACAGCAGUGAUCUUGAAACGGACUGGCGUGACAGCGAAUUUAUUACGGAAUGUCUUUGCUGGCACAACGUAUAUCGGCAGAGGCACGCCGGACCGCCACUUACCAUGUCGCCUCAGCUGUGCGAAUAUGCGCAAACUUGGGCGAACCAUCUGGCGCAUACGAACACAUUCUACUAUCGAAAUGACCGGGACGUGGGUCAGAACCUCUACUGCAGACCGGGUGGUGCUGUCACCUGCGAUGUUGCCGGUCAGGAAGUCGCUGCCUAUUGGUAUUCCGCCGUCAGGCAGUACGACUUUCUCAAGGAGCCUGACGUACUUCAUGCCAACGUGAACGCAGGUCACUUCACGCAGCUGAUAUGGGCAAACAGCAGACACUUUGGAGUGGGCAAGGCGCGCAGUCGUAGCGGGAAGAUCAUCGUCGUCGCGAAUUACCAGCCGGUGGGAAACAUCUCUGGUCAAUUCCAGAUGAACGUUCAUCCGCCGAUACCCGACUGCGCCAACCUGCCCUUGCCGCCGCCGCCCAGGGUGCGUCAGUACGAGACGCCGAUGUCGGACGUGUCGACAAGCAGCAACAGUUCCAUCAGCACGCAAUAAUACAAACAAAACGACUGCCUCUUUUGCGUAUGCGCCCGCUGGAUAUCAGCGGGCACGGGCCGACUCGUCAGUGCGUUUUAUCUGAGAAAUAAUCGGCACAUGCACGAUUUACACGGUGAAACGUAAAGAGAUACUCCAAGCUUUUACUUCCUUCUUCCUAAUUCCUCUUUACUUUCUUUCGUUGUAGACAGAGCUUAACGCGGUCUUUGCUACUUACGCUGCUUCUUCUCAUCAUGCGGCUAAGACCUCGAUCAUUCACGCUGUCUGACACCAGGUGUGCUAAUUUGUGUGUUAUAUUUUUUUACUAAAAUGCGCAACGGUCGGGACGGAAGAAUAAUUCCUUCUUUUUUUUCGUGCUUAUAUGGUACGAUUUUUUUGUUGAGGUAACUAACUUUUUGGAUUCAAGAGAGGAAUCGUUAUGUCAAUUAUUAUCGCGCUAAAAUAACGAAAUCACAACGUUGCUUUUGCGUUCCAUUACGGAAACUGAUCUGAUGAUUUUCAUUUUUACGACCUCUUUACCUGGUCGCGAUAAACACGACUUGGUCGUAAAAUAAAUUGUAUUAAAUAUAAAUUUUUUCCCAGGCAAAAAUGGGUAUAUACCCGUAGUUCCCUUUUCAGUCCAAACUGCGUGUUGAAAGCGGCAGAAAUAGUCACGCACUGUUACGAACAACUCUGUUCGUGAAAAAAAACAAUCGCAUCAACAUUUUUUUUUGUACAUACGAGUCAAGAUUCUUUUCCAAAAACUUUGAAGUCAUAAAAAUUGAAUUCGAUCAGACCAAUAAGAUAUACUAAUUGUCCCCGCUAAGAAGUUUUCUACGCUGUAAGAACAAAAAUCGGUCAUUUCUUUCGUUUCAGUAUAAAUAUUACUAGUCAUUGUAAUAAUUUAUGAAUAAGACUGAGUUUCACAAGUCUUGGAACUUUGUUCGCAUCACUGCAUACUCGGUACACUAAAAAUUUGCGAUUCUCUAUAUUGUUAGAAAAAUCAGAUCAGUUCUAGUUUCAGAGACAAAAGGAAAAAUGAUUUCUUUCACACAGCUGAAAGAGACGGAAUGUUAGCCCGGUUUUCGAUUUCGAUGAUUGCUCUCCAGGCGUGAAAAUUGCCCAAUUAAUAUUGGUUUUGAAAUCGGGUCGAUCGGUUGAUUCAGGCAGUCACUGUGUCCCGGCGUUUAAUUACCAGAGGUUUAAUAAUUUCUUGGAUCAUUCUGGAGUGGCACGCGUACAACGACAUAAAUUACUUUCAGAACAAAUAAUGGUAUCCGCGAAGUUCCUCUUUGUCGCGACCGUUGAGCAUGAGGGAUAUGUUUGUCUUUGACAGUGAGCGAGACGCCUUCCCCUUUGGCAAGCUGAAAUGUUCAACGUCGCGUCGCCGUGAUCUUUAUUAAUAGCGAAAAUCCCAUCAACGAUAUUGCUUGGUUCCCAACUCGCGGCUUAAGAAACGUUGGACUGUACGUUUUAAAGCUUGAAGUAAUGUACGUAUUGGCUGACAAUGAAUGUACAGCUGUUCGCUCACUGCCAGGGGCAAAGCUGGAAUUCUGUUUUAUCAU